UUGGAUGAGGCCACUGAUGCCUGGGGUAUUAAAGUGGAACGUGUCGAAAUCAAAGACGUUCGCCUACCCGUUCAACUGCAGCGUGCCAUGGCCGCGGAAGCAGAGGCAGCACGUGAGGCUCGUGCUAAAGUUAUUGCCGCCGAGGGCGAACAAAAGGCAUCGCAUGCUUUGCGCGAAGCUUCCGAAGUAAUUGGCAAUUCACCGGCCGCUUUACAAUUACGUUAUCUACAGACUCUGAACACGAUUUCGGCUGAGAAGAAUUCGACCAUUGUGUUCCCGUUGCCCAUCGAUAUGCUGACUUAUUUCAUGAAGAACAGUGAGGCUAAAGCUUUAGCUGCCAUGGCGGAUGUUAUAACAAUGAAUCCCUCACAACAACAAUGA